UUUUAGACUUGCGCACUUUCAUUUCCGCGCUGUAAACUACGAGAUCAGAGACAGCGGGAUAGUUCGGUUUGACAUGUAACACUUCAGAAGUAAAACUUGACGGACUUACAAAUACAAAUGCAGACCUGGAAAGAUUUGCCAAGAUCUAUACUAGCCAAAAACAACAUUUAAUCACUAGGCCCGUCCAUAUUUAAUAACGAAUUCACAAAAUGGUCCAACCAUUUUGAUCGCGUUUAAAAACGAAAAAAAUGAAGAAUGGCUACCUCAGACUUCCAAGAAAACUUUUUUCAUUGUCCAAUCUGCACUGAAAAAUUCAGACAUCCAAAAGUUCUACAUUGUCAACAUACAUUUUGCAAAACUUGUAUCCACUCUUACAUCAGACAGGAAGUUGCGAAAACACCUGGACGACACGGUUUUGCGUGUCCAAUUUGUCGAACAUUCACACAGAUCAGGAAUCCCAGUGUUCCCUAUGACAAAUGGUCAGAUUCUCUGAUAACAAAUUUUAAUCUUAUCAAUAUGAUGGAAGCCACUGAAAGUGUAAAGGAAGUGAAAUGUUUGAUUCACAAGAAAACUGUUGAAUACUUUUGCAAGGGGCACGAGAAAACCAUUUGCUCAGAUUGUGCCAUUUUUGAUCAUAGGAACUGCGAUAUAACGGCACUGGCUGCAACAAAAAAACACGAAAAGCUCCUUGGAAGUGUCUCGGAGUGUCUCCUUGAAGCUUCACAGUUGGAGAAGAAAAAUUUGGAAUCGAUCAGUGCACUAACAGAAAGUAAAAAUAUCAUGGAAAGGAUAUUAAAAGAUCAUUUUUCACAGAUGAAAGAAAGGAUUGAUACGGCAGAAAAAGACCAAAUUAACAUGCUUCAGUGCAAGUAUGAUUGUGAAGUGUUUGCUUUGAAAGAAAAACAAGAGAAAUGCCAAAAUUUGAGUGAAAAUUUGCAAGCUACAAUGGAAGAACUACGGCAACGAAAGGGAGAUUCUUCAACAAACAUUGGACAUUGUGAAGAUAAUGUUUUGGAUUUAAAAGGACAAUUAGAGACAGCAUUAAAAUCCAUCAGGGAUAAAAGAGAGAUUCACAUAUCACUGAAAUCUGAUGUUGAUUUGGAGAGCAGAAUAGAAAAAUUGUCCAAUUUGGUUGGAGAGGUGAUUGUGAAUAUCUCUUCAGAAGAACACCAGUCGGGGGUAGCUGCAGGCAGAGGUCCAUUACAACCGCCAGCAUUAGGUAGCAGAUUUAUGUAUCAAAAUGGGACUAUGGACGAUGUUGGACUUCCUUCAUACACUAUGGCUGUACAACAGUUGGGCCCCAUGCUUAGUACUCCUCCUGGUGCUCCAGGGCUUGUCCACGUUGUUCAUCCUGGGUCAAUGAUGCAACCUCCAGCAGCUGGCCCUCAACAGAUAUUCCCGCUGGGACCUUUCGGACCAACUUCAAAUGCACCAAAAUCUCUCGUCCCCAUGACGUCAUUCAACGCCAAGAGGCCAAGUGACAAAACCCACUGUUGGCUAACUGGGGCAUCAUUUCUAUCCAAUGAUAACAUUGUAAUGGCAGAUAAAAAUAACAAGAAGGUGAAACUUUUCUCAAACACUUUUUACUGUAUCGCUGAGAUGGCCAUGCAAACCUAUCCUUUUGAUCUGGCAGAGACAUGUACAGGAGAAAUUGCAGUGACGCUGCCAAAACAGAAUCGUGUCGGAUUCUUUCACCUGGAGACUCUGACACCAUGUUCUCACUACAUUGACACCGAGCAACCCUGUCUGGGAAUCACAUCUGGACAUGAGAGACUGUACAUCUGCUGCGACACAACCUGGUCUAAGAAUGGGUGCAUACGCGUUUACGACAAGUUUAACCAGCUGUUGAUCAAAAUUGAGAAGGACGACCGAGGCAAAGAUAUGGUGAGUGUGACAGACUAUCUGACAGUGUGUCCACUCUCUGGGAACCUUUUCUUCAAGCGUGGAGGCCUGAGUAAGGAGUGUAUCCACUGUACCACCAACCAAGGCACCAUCCUGUGGAAGGCUAAAGUUCCAUCUUGGAUGGAUGUUCCAGCUGGAUUAGCUGUCCUAAAUGAUGGACUCAUAGUGUCCAUAGGAAGUCUGAAGUGGAUUUCCCCUGGUGGUCAAAAAUGGGAGAAGCUUAUCGACUCCAGUGAUGUAAGUGGCCCGUGUGCACUGUCUGUCAGUCAUGACAAAACACGGCUUCUCGUUACACAAGCAGAUGCUAUCUCUAACUGUAAGGAAAACGAUGAAGUCCGAAUCUUCAACAUCAUGUACCAGUUUGGUUAAUAAUAUAACAACUGAUACAUGCAACAUUUGUUGUACAUUGUACAUAAUUUACAUUUAUUGUUGAAGGGCAUUCAUAGUAACUAAUGUUAGCUAAUUUACAGACCUAUGCAGUGCAGGGGUAUUAUGUUUUUGUCUCGCUUAUCUGUUUUUUCCUUUUAACUACUCUAGCACCUAUAAUUCAUGCCAGAUUUGACCAAACUUGACUUGUAUGUACGCUUUGGAUAUACCAUGAACAAGUUUGAAUAUUGGUUUGUUCCCUUAAAAAAUCAAAGUCACUGUUAUAAAGAAUAUACUAUUUCAACAUCAUUCAUUUCAUCACGAGCGAUUGUUUUUUUAUGCAAUAUUUUGAAACUUCACAUGUACAUUUACAUUUCACAUAUGUUGAAGUUUUGAAUAUGGUCAUGAUUGGCAUUGGCCAAAGCCCUCGUCUACUUGUUCUGAUGAGUAAAAAUAACAUUGUGCCAAGUGGUUUAGCCUAUGCUUAUCACCCAUGUGCCGAGUGUUCUUUUUUAUCUCUCUGUUAAUUGUUUUUCAUCCACAUUUUCAUUAUUCGCCUGUUAUUGAAUUUUAAAAAUCAUUAAAUGCUGAAAAAAAGGAAACUUCUUUUCAAAUCAAUAAAUAUAAAGUGUCUAAGUUGUCAUCACAGUUCUAAAAUCUUUCAGCACUUUAGUAGAUCAUCAGUGUCUGUAGUGUGCAUGCAGCAUCUCAGUGAUGAAGAAAAAGGACCGGAUUCCUGUAGCCAAGUUGUUCCAUAUAUAGAGAGCAAAACAAGUCUGUAAUAAACAAACACUAUAUAUAUAUAUAACUGCUAGUUUCUUUAAAGUCUAACUGGAGGUCUGGUGAAAAUAAUGAAACUAUAUAAUUAUGUCAUCACUAAUCAGACACACACGGAAAAGGAAAAAACCUAUCCAACCUGACAUAAAAGGAUGAUAUUACCAAUGCACAUUAAAAUAAAGGCACAUUAAAAUAAAGGCACAAUGUUAAUACAUGUGUAUAUAAAUGUAAAAUUUACAAUAACUAUUACAUUGUACGUAUUGUGAAUUGUACUAACACCAGACACCAGACACAUUGGAGUUAUCUCCCAUGGGCAAAUAUCUCCAAAUGUCACCACAUUUGUAUUUACUUUCUGUUUAGGCAGUAUACAGCUGUAACAUUCUAUAUAUUGUUUUGUCUGCUAUAUGACAUAUUUGUAAAGAAAUUAUGAAGCCAAUUUUACACUCUUUUACACCAUGAUAAAAAAAAAGAUAGAAAAAAAGUAUAUAUUAGUCUUCCUGUAUUUGUAAAGCUCCAAUGUUAGUUUUUCCUGUUGAAACAGUUAUGUAUACAUAUUUAUAUCUUGUAUAUAUACAGGCCAUUCUUCAGAAAUAGUUUUUUUCAUGUUUUCCCAAUCGCGAUUGACUCACUAUAAAUGGUGUCUAUUCAAACUUUUUAUUACAUUUAAUUUUAAUAAAAUUGUUUAACUGAAAAAUACCUUAGUAGGGAAACUGCAAAGAAACAGAUUUGAAGGAUGGCCUUAAUCUUAUUACAACAGAUAUUUGGGGACCAUUACAAAUGUAAUAUGGAAGUUCAAGUAGACGUUUUAUGAAGAUAUGCAAUUUUCUUAUUUUCGUUUAUAUUGCUGUAGAUUCUCGUGUGAUUAAAUGUGCACACAAGUUGAGUAAUGUAUAAGUUUUUCUGCAGCAUUUUUUGUUUUGUUUAUUUUUGUGCUUUUAUGAAUAAGGGAGUUUUAUCAAAUAUUCAAUAUGUAAUAUUUGUAUUGUAGUAUGUAAUUUAACUGUGAUAGUUAAAAAAAAAUAUUAAUACUUGAUUCAAUGUUGAUUUCAGUGUGUUCUCAGAAAUUUUAUUGUUCCAGAUUUUUUAUUCACAAAUUGGCUGGCCUGUAGGCAUUGGUUUGAGCUAUUAAAUCCAAUCACUCUCUAUCCUCAUGAUGUCAGGGCGUAGAUACCCUCUAUCCUCAUGAUGUCAGGGUGUAAAUGAGUUGUCACCCUCUAUCCUCAUUAUGUCAGGGUGUAGAUGAGUUGUCACCCUCUAUCCUCAUGAUGUCAGGGUGUAGAUGAGUUGUCACUCUCUAACCUUGUGAUGUCAGGGUGUAAAUGAGUUGUCACUCUCUAUCCUCAUGAUGUCAGGGGGUAGAUGAGUUGUCACCCUUUAUCCUCAUGAUGUCAGGGUGUAGAUGGGUUGUCACCCUCUAUCCUCAUGAUGUCAGGGGGUAGAUGAGUUGUCACCCUUUAUCCUCAUGAUGUCAGGGGGUAGAUGAGUUGUCACCCUUUAUCCUCAUGAUGUCAGGGGGUAGAUGAGUUGUCACCCUUUAUCCUCAUGAUGUCAGGGUGUAGAUGAGUUGUCACCCUUUAUCCUGAUGAUGUCAGGGUGUAGAUGAGUUGUCACCCUUUAUACUGAUGAUGUCAGGGUGUAGAUGAGUUGUCACCCUUUAUACUUAUGAUGACAGGGUGUAGAUGAGUUGUCACCCACUAUCCUCAUGAUGUCAGGGUGUAGAUGAGUUGUCACACUCUAUCCUCAUGAUGUCGGGGUGUAGAUGAGUUGUCACCCUUUAUCCUCAUGAUGUCAGGGUGUAGAUAGGUUGUCACCCUCUAUCCUCAUGAUGUCAGGGUGUAAAUUAGUUGUCACUCUCUAUCCUCAUGAUGUCGGGGUGUAAAUGAGUUGUCACUCUCUAUCCUCAUGAUGUCAGGGUGUAAAUGAGUUGUCACUCUCUAUCCUCAUAAUGUCAGGGUGUUAAUGAGUUUCACUCUCUAUCCUCAUGAUGUCAGGGUGUAGAUGAGUUGUCACUCUCUAUCCUCAUGAUGUCAGGGUGUAGAUGAGUUGUCACUUUGUAUCUUCAUGAUGUCAGGGUGUAGAUGAGUUGUCACUCUCUAUCCUCAUAAUGUCAGGGUGUAAAUGAGUUGUCACUCUCUAUCCUCAUGAUGUCAGGGUGUAGAUGAGUUGUCACUCUCUAUCCUCAUAAUGUCAGGUUGUAGAUGAGUUGUCACUCUCUAUCCUCAUAAUGUCAGGGUGUAAAUGAGUUGUCACUCUUUAUCCUCAUAAUGUCAGGGUGUUAAUGAGUUGUCACUCUCUAACCUUGUGAUGUCAGGGUGUAAAUGAGUUGUCACUCUCUAUCCUCAUAAUGUCAGGGUGUUAUUGAGUUGUCACUCUCUAACCUUGUGAUGUAAGGGUGUUAAUUAGUUGUCACUCUCUAACCUUGUGA